AUGUCACAUUUCUCCGCUGCAGCAGAAGCACUGUCUCCGCCUCCUCCGCCGCCGUCUGACGUCAUGCGCGCGGACCUGCACUUACGCCUGAGCUCCACCAGAGGGCGCUGCGUGUGCGGGAAACAAGAGCCAAACCAUAGACUGGUGUCGCGCACUGAUCUGGAGUCAGUUUGCUCCUCUCCUCGCUGUGCACCUGCCUCAGCGGAGUCCACCACGGUGCGUCUUCUCCAGCUCCCGUCUUCAGCCAUGGGGGCCCCGGUGCGCACGGAGGUCCCACAGCGGCGCACGCUCCUCGGUCUCGCGCUGCUCGGUCUGGUGUCGGUGUGUGGUGGAUCCUCGUCCUUACUAUGUCCCAGUGGAAGGUUCCUGCUGAGAGACCAGUGCGUCCAGUGCCAUCUCACCUGCUCCGAGUGCAGCGGACAUGAGCUGUUCCAGUGCACCGCCUGUGGCCUGGAUGAGGACGGUGUGGAGCGCUUCCUGCUGCAGGGCCGCUGUGUGCCGCACUGUCCCCGCGGUCUGUACGCUGACCGUGCCGUGUCCUCGUGUCUGCCCUGCGCCCGCAACUGUGAGCUCUGCACCGACGCCAACCUCUGCGCCAAGUGCCAGGACCGGUACCGACUGCAGAGCGGGCGCUGCCAACAGGCCGUCUGUGACAUAGGGCAGGUGCAGGACCCCGACACUGGGGAGUGUGUGGGGUGCGAGGCCGGCUGCUCCGCCUGCUCCACCGAAAACCGUGCGAUCUGCAACAGCUGCAGUGAUGGAUACUUUCUUUUCAGAUACAAGUGUCGCCGGCACUGUCCUCAGCGCACGUACGCAGACCCUGAGCGCAGGACGUGUGUGUCGUGUCCCGCCCCCUGCACCGACUGCAGCAGCAGCAGCACCUGCCUGUCCUGUCUGAACGGAUACUUCCUCAACGGUGUGGCGUGUGUGAAGCAGUGUCCGCAGCAGACGUUCGGAGACACCAGUGGGUGGCGCUGUCAGACCUGUCACUCAUCCUGCUUGUCCUGCAGAGACGCGGGACCCUCCGACUGUGAGCUGUGUCAGGGAGGCACCUCUCCUGUGGGGGGGCAGUGUCCGGGCCUCAGCUGCCCCCUGGGACACUACUUUGACGGUCUGUAUGUGUUGACAUUCUUUACAAUGAGACUUAAAGUUCAUUCUGAAACUGCAAGAACUCCCAGAGUGCACUGCAAAAAAUGA